AUGCCGUUCUACGAAAGAGGCGCAACCCGUAUCUAUUACGAAGAGGUCGGAUCGGGAUUCCCGCUGCUGAUCAUUCCCGGAGGCGGACUUAAUUCCACCGUUGACGGGCUGCGUACUUCGCAUCCCUUCAACCCCUUGGCGGAGUACGGCAACGACUUCCGCGUCAUCGCCGCCGACCUGCGCAACUCCCCUCCGGGCCAAUCCACCGGCCCGCUGGAAAUCGACCGCCCCUGGGACGCCUACUCGGAAGACCACCUGGGGCUGAUGGACUUUCUCGGCAUCGGCGAGUUCAUGGUCAUGGGGUUCUGCAUCGGCGGGCCGAUGAUGCACAACCUACUCCGGCUGGCGUCGGACCGCGUCGUCGCGGCCGCCUUCAUGCAGCCCAGCGGUUUCCGGCCGGAGUUGCCGGACCUCUUCUACCAGAACAACAUCGCGGGCUGGGGGCCGCCCCUUUGCGAGAAACGUCCGGAUAUCACCAUGGAUAUGGUGCAUGACUUCUUAACGAACAUGUACACCAACCGCGCGGACUUCGUUUUCACCGUGUCCCGUGAUUUCGUGAGCUCCCUCGAGACACCCAUACUGAUCGCGCCCGAAGACGUGCCGGCACACCCGUAUGCGGUCGCGAUGGAGGUUGCCAACCUCGCCCCGAACUCCGAGGUGACCAUCUAUCCCUGGAAGGACACCCAGGAGCACAUCGACGAGGCUGUAGCCCACGCUCGGCGCUUCCUCAAGGCCCACCAACCGGCAGUGACGACAGCCUGA